CCGAAGCGAAGCAGGAAGAUCCAGAAUGAGACUCACAUCAUGGAAGGCGAGUUCGGGAAGUAUUUUUCUUCGAAUCUCGACAAUAAAAAGCUGGCUCUGCUGAAAGGUGCCUGCCAGAUCCCUCGUCAAAUCUCCUUGAUUACUCCGGGUCCCACAGAUUCUCCGGAGUCUCCACCUACCGGUCAUACUUGCGCUUUUGAAAUUUUCUUUUCGGACUGCGGGCUAUCUUUUCCGCUUCCCGGCCUUUUGGUCGAAUUGAUGCACGAGCUCGGAAUCGCACUUCCUCAACUAUGUCCAAAUGUAGUUCGGACCGUCCUGUGCCUUCAGACCCUUGCAGAGGAAAAUGGAUACCGUAUCACGCUAUCCGACGUACUCCAUCUUUAUACAGUGAAGAAGGGGCGAACUCCGGGGACGUUUUUCCUCAGUCCUCGGAGUAAUUUCAGAGUCUUCGGGGAUUUUCCCGAAAAAGACGAGCAAUGGAGAAAAUCCUACUUCUUCUUCGCUGUAGACGAAUUUUCUUAUGGUCCAAAUACGGACUAUUUCGUUCGUGAAUGGACUCGUCGUCCCGGUAGAUAGCUCCUUAGGUUUUUCACUGCUUUUCACUCGUCUGUUUUUUUUUUCUUCUAAUCUGUCAAUGUUUUUGCUUUUGCAGUUAAACUUCCGAAGAAACCGCUUUCUCAUACCUUUGCGGGGCAAUUCGUAAAGAUUUGCAAUAGCAGCGACCUGUCGUGGGAAUUGUUCACUUGCGAACGCAUCCGGAGUUCGUGUGCCCGAAUUGUCUCGCGAUCCGACCUCAUUUCUUCCACUCCUCCCUCCUCCCCUGCUGUUGCCACUAACAUGUCUCCACUUUCCUAUCGCGAAGAGAAAAGGCUCCAGAAGGAAAGGGAAAAAGCGAGAGAAGCGAGAGAGAAAGAAGAUAAGGCCAGGAUGGUGAAGGCCUUGGAUGAAGGGAAGUCCAGAUCUUCAUCUGGUAAAGGGAAAAAUUCGGGUACUGUAGAUCCGGUUUCCGAAUCGAAGACCUCUGAUCAUCGUGAUCAAAAGAAGGUGUCUUCGGGAAAAGACCUAAUCCGGAUCUCGGAUUCUCGCUCCU